GAGAAUUAACCUCGUGCUGAUUAGAUAACCUACCGUAAUCUGCGUCCAACGCUGAAUUAAAGUGGAUCGAAUCUCAGUGAGUUGAAUGCGCGGAGUUUAUCAGAAGUUUAUGCAAUAAAUGAGGUGCAUUUGAUAGCUGGCUAGUCAAUUGCUCCUUACACGAUAUAUACGACGUUCGAUUCGCGACCAACCCACGACGAAAACAUUAUUAUCAAUUCGAUACGACAGAGCGUUGGGUUAGUUUGUGCAGCAGGUGUUCGUAAAAUGAGCGCUAAACAACCGCCUCACGUUCUAUCCGUUCAAAGCCACGUCGUUUCGGGAUACGUUGGUAACAAAAGUGCAACUUUUCCACUACAGUUACUAGGCUUCGAAGUCGAUCCGAUCAAUUCUGUCCAGUUGACCAAUCAUACCGGAUACAAAUGUGUCAAGGGUCAAGUAUUAGACUCGAACGAUUUAGGUGAAUUGAUGGUUGGCCUGAGAGAGAAUGACCUAGACCAUUACAGUCAUUUACUGACAGGCUACGCAGGCUCUGCGUCUUUUCUAAGAACAAUAGCAAAACUCGUAACAGAUCUGAAAAGGAAGAACCCAAACCUGAUAUACGUUUGCGAUCCUGUUAUGGGCGACAAUGGCAAAAUGUACGUGCCUAACGAAUUGCUGGAGAUUUACAGGGACCACAUCAUUCCGCUCGCCGAUAUUGUCACGCCGAAUCAGUUUGAGUUAGAACUUUUGACAGGAAAAAAAGUUGAGAACUUAAAAGAUGUACAAGAGGCGAUAAAAGAAUUGCACGCAAAGGGACCUCAAAUUGUAGUCAUUUCUUCUACAGAAAUUGACAAGAAUUUAACUACCGUUGCCAGCACACUGAAAGACGGAGUCAUGAUAAAGCUGGAAAUUCCACGACUACCGGCAGCUUUCACUGGUUCUGGUGAUUUAUUCGCUGCGCUUUUCCUGGCCCAUUCUCAUCUUCAAGGCAGCAUCAAGCCAGCCCUAGAAAAGACUGUCAAUACCUUGUACGAGGUGUUGAAGAAAACUCACGAAUAUUCCAAAGGUCCACACGAAGAUUCAGCGCAACCUGCUAAAAAGAUUGAGCUGCGCUUAAUUGAGAGUAAAAAAGUCAUUGAAGAUCCAGGUACCGAGUUAGUGGCCGAGAUUUUAUGAGCAUCCGAAAAUUGAAUAAGGUAGAAUUAUGCCAGCUGUUUCACGACUUUGGUAAGCGCGCUAACGUGUUUAGCAUUCCUUAAUGUCCAGCCACUGAUAUAUGAAUACUUAAAUCGUGGUCGAUACAAAGCGUUUUUUCGAAUUUUACCUAAA